CUUGUUUUGUUUUUCCAGGAAACCUUUCCAGUGGAUGUAAUGAAGAAGGCAGGAAGUAUUGGAUUUGGUGCUAUUUAUUGUAGUGAAGAGUUUGGUGGGACUGGACUGGGUCGGACAGAUGCUUCGCUCAUUUUUGAAGCUUUAUCUCAGGGUUGUGUUAGCACCACUGCCUACAUCAGUAUUCACAAUAUGUGUGCAUGGAUGAUAGAUGAAUUUGGUAAUGAUACUCAGAAAAGUGAAUGGAUACCUAAACUUGCUACCAUGGAAGCUUUAGCCUCAUAUUGUCUAACUGAACCAAAUUUUGGAAGUGAUGCUGCCAAUUUAUCUUUGUCUGCUAGAAGAGAAGGAGAUCAUUACAUACUGAAUGGAUCAAAGAUGUUCAUCAGUGGAGGUGGAGAGACAGAUGUGUAUGUAGUCAUGUGUAGAACAGGAGAGAAAGGUCCCAAAGGUAUUUCCUGUCUUCUAGUGGAGAAGGGCACACAGGGUCUGGAUUUUGGCAAGAAAGAGAGAAAGGUAGGUUGGAAUUCUCAGCCAACAAGGGCAGUGAUAUUUGAGGAUUGUCGAGUACCUGCAACAAAUGUUAUAGGGCAGCCAGGUGACGGGUUUAAAAUAGCAAUGAGAGGUCUAAAUGGCGGCAGAAUUAAUAUAGCAUCAUGUUCAUUAGGGGCAGCACAAGCCUGUGUAGAAUUAAGUAGGGAUUAUCUUAAAGUUAGAAAACAAUUUGGACAAACCUUAGAAAACUUUCAGUAUUUGCAAUUUCUGCUGGCAGAAAUGGCAACAAAACUUGUAGUAUCACGGAACAUGGUAAGACAGGCAACUAAAGCAUUAGAAGAAGACUGGCCGGGGAAAGUUGCUCUUUGUUCCAUGGCAAAAUACUUCACGACAGAUGAAUGUUUUAAUAUAUGUAACCAGGCAAUACAAAUACAUGGUGGUUAUGGCUAUUUAAAGGAUUAUGCUGUACAACAAUAUAUGAGAGAUUGUAGGGUUCAUCAGAUACUAGAAGGUAGGCUGUAUAGUAUAUGGAUGUUUUAAAGCUACUUGCCUCCAGA